GUGUGUACACAUGUGCAUCCUGUAUGUGCUUGUGAGUGCAUGCAUGCAUUUCUGUGUGUGUUCCUGUAAAUGUGUAAGCCUGGGAUUUUUUUUUUACGGCAGAGAUGGGCCAUCUGUUGCUAUGACUCCUCUGUCUGACAGCAGCAUGCAGCAGGGCUGUGCGCUCUCACUGAUAACUACAUGUGGCCCUUCCAUUCUCUUCUCACACUCCAUUAAAUCCCUUUGCACUUUUAAGACAAAUUGUGACAUCAAGGUGGCAGCACAUGCAUUGAACAGUGUUGACACAGUUAAAAGGUUUUCGAUGUUUUUUGGAUAGUUUUGAACACACACACACACAUAAACACACACAGAGGCACACAUCUCGGUCUCUCGACAUCUCUCUCCCUCUCAAAUCACUGUUACUUUGCGGCAGCUCCCUCAGUGAUCUUAAACUCAUCAAGUGAGAGACUCAUGGAGAGCGAUGUUGGAGCAGAGGACGCCUGCAACCACACGGAUGCAUGGCAAUGGGUCUACACAAUGCAGCCUGCCUACAUGUCCAUUAUCUGCCUCUUGGGAGUGAUCGGCAACUCCUUUGUGCUGUGCGUGUUCUGCCUCCAGAAGCGACACAGGUCUGUGGCCGACAUCUAUCUGGGUAACCUGGCGGCUGCUGACCUCCUCAUGGUUUCCUGCCUGCCGUUCUGGGUGGCAACCAUCAUCCACAAGUUCCACUGGAGGUUUGGGGAGCCCAUGUGCCAGCUGGUCAGCAUCAUCAUCGGGAUGAAUUAUUACUGUAGUGUGCUGUUCCUUACGCUGGUGAGCGUGGACCGCUACCUGGCCCUCACCAGGCCCCUGUCCCACGGAAGGGCGAGGCAGGCAGCCCGGGCACGUGGUAUCUGCUUUGGCGUCUGGGUAGUUGGGGUCUUGCUCAGCCUCCCAGCGCUCCUCUUCCGCUCCGUCCGGUUCUUCCCUCAACUCGGAGUGGACGUGUGCUACAUGGCGUACCCCCAUGAUGGCUGGAGGCUGCGUUUCAACCUGACUGUCAAUGUGGUCGGCUUCCUCAUCCCCGUUCCCAUCGUAUCCUUCUGCAGUUACCACAUCGCCAAAGUCCUUAAGAUGAGCCAGGGCCUGAAAAAAAGCAGCAGAGGCAGUGUGGAGAGGAAGGCCGCCUACCUGGUGCUUUUUGUCCUUGCCGUAUUUGUUCUCUGCUGGCUGCCCUUCCAGAUUGUGAUCUUCCUGGAUACCCUGGAUUAUUACCAGGUCAUUUCCGGAUGCAUGUGGGUGUAUGUGUUGGAUAUUGGCACCCAGCUAACCACUUAUCUUGGCUAUAGCAACAGUGCAUUGAAUCCUUUCCUGUAUGUGAUUGUGGGAAAGCACUUUAAGCACCGGGCCAGAGAAGUGUUUAGACCAAUGUUGUGUAAGGGGAAAUGGAAAAUAAGGAAGUCUAGUCACACCAAUGCCAAUCUCAGCUCUAACACUAAAUACACGGACAGCACCAAAGUGUAAUCUAUGUCUAUGUAAAUAUGCUUUGUAUUUUUUCACUACAAAGCAAUGAUAAAUGUUCACUGUUUGAUGAAAAAAAAAAAAAAAAACUGUCAUGUUCACACACCUACCAACAUACCGGCAGUCAAUCAUUAACUCUCCUUUGACUUUACAAAUUUUGUUGUGCUGUAAAAUGAUUUGAAAAUAAUUUUAUUUGGAUUAUUAGACUGUGCAAAGCAAUCUAUUAUAUUUAAACUGAAGUAAAAGUAAC